AUGUAUGCGGGUCGAACUCCAAUGCAGAGGAGCUGUAUUGCCUAUCGAUCCACGAGUAUAUCGAUCCACAUGUAUCGAUCAACAUGCUUUCGUAUUGAGGGAUGUACAAUAGUUUUUGGGGCAAUAUUGAUCCCAUGUCACCACCCAGCGCUGUCAUAUCCACCCAUCUUCACUGUCGCCGCCACCACCCACCACUACCGCCACAACCUGCCGCUGUCGCCACCACCCACCGCUGCCGCCACCCACCAGUCGCCGCAACCCGCCACCGACUCCGUCGCCACCCCGAUGGUCACCACUGUCGCCACCACUCCGCUACCAACCACCGCCGACAUCCACCACCGCCUCCAUUGCCACUCGUCGCCGCUACCACACACCACCGCCGCCAUUGCCACUCGCCACUGCCACCACCCACCGUCGCCGCCCCACCACCUAGCUACCGCCCAACCACCUAGCUACCGCCCCACCACCAACCACCACCGUCACCGCCACCCACCACCAUCGUCGUUGCCACCCACUAUUGCCUCAGGGGCCACCAAGAACCACUGA